GAUCAGACGAACCUGAUGAUGGUCAUUAAAGUUCAGACUCUGUGGUCUGACUCGUCUCUCAGGACUGCCCCCUGGUGUUGGUGCUCAGGAUGUUCGAGCUGUGUUGUGACUACAGGAACUUUUCUGAAGCCAAAGUGAAGCUGCUGGAUUUCCAGAGGACGCUCAUCACUCUGAGAAACAGUGGUCCAGUGCCCCCUGGUGGACUCCCCCUGCAGUGGGUGGAGAGCCAGGCCUCGGCGCUGCUCCUCACGAUGCUGCAGCGCUGCCCCUCCCAGUACGACCUCCACCGCCUGCUGCAGCUCCUGGCCGACGUCGACAAGCUCCUCAAAUCCAACGGUCCAGACUUCAGGAAGCUGAGUUUGCUCAGUCAGUUGCUGCAGGGCUCAGACAUCAGCCUCUCUCCCAGGCUGCUUCAGUGCAGUUCACCCUCUGUCCAGCAGGAGGAGUUCCAGGCUGCUGUGGACGCUCUGCAGGCCAGGGGGCGCUACAGUCAGGCCAGAGAGGUGGCGCUGCUGGCCGACCUGCCCGUCCACCACCUGCUGCUCAGCCAGCUCCUUCAGGAAGUGAACUCCCAGAAGUCCAAGACGACGUGGAGGAGGUUGGAGACCCGAGUCAGUUUCUGGAGGAAAAGUCAGGAGCAGCUGAAGAGCGACAGCACUGAUCCAGGAUCAGCCUCCUGUUUCUUCCUGUCGCAGGCUGAAGCUUCAGAUUCGUCCGGAGCUGCAGACAUUCAGACGCAGCUGCUGGACGUCCAGGAGCGCUGCCUCCUGCUGGGCCUCGCCGCUCACUGGCUCUCCCAGCUCAGCCCGACUCCCAUCGACCAACUGGAGAUCAUGGAGAAGAAGCUUUGGAUCAGCCGGGUCCGGCGACACGUCCUCACGGUGGCCAUGGAGAAGGGGAGUGUUUUCAACCUGCCGCCGGCCGUCGCACCUGAAAUGAACACGUAUGAAGUCCUCAUGAAGGAGUUCUCCUUCUCCAACCUAUCAGCUCUGAACACAGAGAGCUGCCUGCGUCUGGACGGACUCCCGGGUCGCUCCGAGGAGCAGGAGGAGCAGCAGGAGCAGCAGGAGCAGCAGGAGGAGCAGCAGGAGCUGAACAUCAAGUCAGGCUUGAGGCCAGAGGAGAAGAGAGUUCUGGCUUCACUGAUUGGCCGGCUGCUAGAUGAGGGCAGUAUUCAUGAAGCCAGCCGAGUCUGCCGCUACUUCUCUCUGUAUCACCCGGACGUGUGGGUGGUGCUGCGCUGCCGGGGGCUGGCGUCCGGAGAACUCAGCCCCGAACCACAAGACGAGGCGUCAGAGGCUCCGCCCAGGAUGAGCAUCACCCCCUGUACGCUUCAUUCAUUCAUUCAUUCAUUCAUCACUAUAUUAUUCAUGUAUGAAUUCACAGAGAACAACACGUCCUGCAGCUGGUUAACUAACAAGAAUCAGAAUCUGCAAAGUAACUAGAAACUAAAUCUUCCAAAUAAACGUCCAG